AUGGCAGGAGAAAGUCAGCAACCGAACUCAAGCAACAGCAGCAGUCCAAUAAAGGGGCCAACAUCACCCACACAGCACUUACCCAACACCACCACAAACCCAGAUAAUGGUACCGAAAAAGUAACACUAAAAAAGGAGAUUGGGCUGGUCAGCGCAUGUGCCAUUAUUAUAGGUAACAUUAUUGGUUCGGGAAUAUUUAUUUCCCCAAAAGGGGUCCUGGAGCACUCCGGAUCUGUAGGACUUGCGUUGAUUAUCUGGGUUAUUGGUGGUGGAGUCUCGGCUCUCGGAUCCUUAUGUUACGCAGAGCUUGGAGUUGCAAUCCCAAAAUCAGGAGGUGAUUAUUCAUAUGUCACUGAGAUUUUUGGUGGGUUAGCUGGAUUCCUCCUGCUCUGGAGUGCUGUACUGAUCAUGUAUCCAACCAGCCUGGCAGUGAUCACUUUAACGUUCUCAAACUACGUCCUCCAGCCUGUAUUCCCAGACUGCAUCCCUCCGUACAAUGCCUCCAGAGUACUCUCCAUCGUCUGCUUAUUACUUUUAACCUGGGUGAACAGCACAAGUGUACGAUGGGCCACUCGCAUUCAAGACAUAUUCACUGCCGGCAAACUGCUAGCCCUGGGCCUCAUUAUUGUAGUGGGUUUUAUGCAGAUAUUUAAAGGAAACUAUGAAGAACUGAAGCCAACCAAUGCAUUUAAUUUUUGGAUGGUCCCAACAGUGGGCCAGUUAGCAUUAGCCUUUCUACAAGGAUCAUUUGCAUUCAGCGGGUGGAACUUCCUCAAUUAUGUUACAGAAGAACUGGUUGACCCCAGAAGGAAUCUACCUCGUGCCAUUUUCAUCUCCAUUCCGUUGGUGACGUUUGUGUACACAUUCACCAACAUUGCUUAUUUUACAGCAAUGUCACCUCAAGAGCUAAUGUCUUCUAAUGCAGUUGCUGUUACCUUUGGAGAGAAACUCUUGGGAUAUUUUUCCUGGAUCAUGCCUGUCUCAGUGGCACUCUCCACAUUCGGAGGAAUUAAUGGAUACCUCUUUACCUCAUCAAGGUUAUGCUUUUCUGGUGCCCGAGAAGGUCACUUACCCAGCUUACUCGCAAUGAUCCAUUUUAAAUAUUGCACUCCUGUCCCAGCUCUGCUAGUUUGUUGUGGGGCAACUAUAAUCAUAAUGCUUGUUGGAGACACAUACACAUUAAUUAAUUAUGUGUCGUUUAUUAACUACCUCUGCUACGGAGUCACAAUUAUUGGAUUAAUUGUACUACGUUGGAAGAAGCCCAAAAUGUUCCGACCAAUAAAGGUGAACCUCCUUGUUCCUAUCACCUACCUGAUGUUUUGGGCAUUCCUCCUGAUCUUCAGCUUUUAUUCUGAGCCUAUUGUCUGUGGAGUUGGACUUAUUAUUAUUUUAACAGGAGUACCUGUCUUUUUUUUGGGAGUAUACUGGAAGCAAAAACCAAAGUGCAUAGAUAGUUUUAUUGAAUCCAUGACCUACUGCGGACAGAAAGUUUGUUAUGUUGUUUACCCUCAGCCAGUGCCUGAUGAAGACCUGAUACCUUGCAAUGAUACCCAAGUUAUUGAAAAUGAAAAGAGCCUUAAAAUACAAUGACUUAUGUUAAAAGUCAGAAGUAGCAUUUUGUUUACAUGCUGAUUUUUGAAAGAGGACAACAAUGACAUGCUGAUAUAUGGAUGAAGAAAAACAAACAUAUGUACUUGAAUAUAUAUAUAGCAAUCUAGUAAAAUAUGUUAAAAGUGUGGCACAAUGGGACAAAUCCUGCU